CUUUUCAUCUUCUCAUCUCUCCACGUUUUUUUUUCUUAUUUCUUGGAUCCGGGCUGUUCCUUUACUCCCUUGUGAUCACCAGUUAUUUAAAAAAAAAGAUUAAAAAAAGAUUAAAAAAAAAAGAGUAAAAGUUUUGGCUUGAAUCACUUCUGAAGAGAAAUCCAGGGGGAGUGGUGGAAGAGAAACCCUGCUGGCUGAAGAGAAACCCAGCCUUAGGACAGUUAAGGCGGAUCCAUAUCAAAAUUCUCUUCAUAUUUCUUUCUCUUUUCUUUUCCCACAAAGUUUGUUUUGAUUGCUGAAUUUUGACUUCCUAUCAUCCUUUGAACCAGUGAAAGAACUCUGAGUGACCAUUUAAAAAUCGAGAGCUAAACACUUGAGAGUGUGAGGAUUUUUAUUGUCUAACUUUGUUAAGUGUUUUCAGAAUGUUUGGACUCUCAAGAAAUCAAAACCACAACAAGACGUCUACUUUCCUUUUAAAACUGUUUUUGAAAAUGAGCAAUUGAUUUUUGAUAAGAAACAGUUUGCUUCUAAUGGGUUUGACUUUGUGCAGAAACAAAGGAAGAGACAAAACAGGUGCGAUGAUGAGAAGUGGGUCAAAAGUGGUGAUCAUCCCUUCACCAAAGCCAAGAGAAGCAACCGUGAUGUGCCUGAUCCGAACGAGCUUCAGACUUAUGCCAGCUUGGAAAAGAUGUUGCAUAAGGCAAUUCAUGUUGUCCGACAACUCAAAAAGAAGGGAAACACCAAUACUUCUUCUGCACCAAAACAAAAAAGUAAUUCUUCUUUUCUUUCAAAUUCUGAUUUGAAAACUAAUGUGUUGUCUUCUGAUAAAAGCAAGGCUGUGAAAACCACAAGCAAGGCUCUUUCUACCAGGUGCUUCAAAUGUCAUAGGAUCGGUCAUUAUGCCAACAAGUGCCAAAAACAGAAACCGUUGGUGACUUUGGAGAAAGUUGAAACCGAGCCAGAAAAGGAAGACCCUUUGCCAAUUUUCGAUGACUAUGCACAUGAACCAAAGCAAGGGUCAGGUGGAGAGCAAAACUGUGGCCAUCAAGAAGAACCAUCUUCCAUUCACAAACCGGACCGAACUCAAGGUGAGCAACGUUCUGAUUAUGGUUCUUUUGCUUAUAAUUCUUUUCCUUUAAUGUUUCAGACUUGAGGACAAAUCUUUUUGAAGAGGAAGGGAAUGAUGUGCCCCGGUUCGUGGAUCAGUCCAUUGGAGCCAUGGUCGAUUUCUUGAUUAAAAAAAUCGAUAUUCCCCGACCAACUCGAUAUUCUAAGACCCAUGGUCGAGCCAGACUUAGCUUGGGUAGUGAAGAAACCGAAGACAGACAUACAUUCUCAUUCGGCGGACCCUCCGGACAGUCCCGCAGGCGUCCUUAUCAUUACCCCGUGCAUCCAUCUGGUUCGGAUGAACCUAGACAUCUUGACUAGUCUUCUCCAUUUUCCAUGCAAUGAUCACUGAUAAUUUGAUUGCAUCCUCUUGUGCAUUGGACGAUUUCUUGAUUAAAAAGAUGCUGGAACAGAAAUCACUUGAAACUGAAAUUGAUUUUUGUGAUCUUGAUUUUUGUGAUUAUGUUUUGCAGCUUGAUCUCUUGAGUUCUGAAACUGAUAAAAUAAGGCAUUCUCUGAGAUCAAUUCUUGAUAAUUGUGUUGUUUUGAGCCUUGAUGAUAUUGUGGUUUACAACACUUUCUUUGAAAAACAUCUUGAGUCUUUGAUAGUUGAUUCUCAUUCUGAACUUAAGCUUGUGUGUUCAUAUGUUGAGCAGGAUAUGCACGCCUUGAAAGUGAAUACUAUUGUUGCAUAUCUUGAUAAAAUUCUGGUCUGUAAUGCCUACUUUGAUGUGCAUCUUGAAAGGCUGAAAUGUGUGUUACUUGUUCUUGGAAAAGAAAUUUUGUUUUUUGAUUUGAACAAGUAUUUGUCUUGCACAUUUGAUCCUGGUCUUCUAGAUUCUGUUUUGAGUGUCCAUGAAAGACAGGUUCAGCCUCUGAGAAAUGAAAGCAUUGAUCGUGCCCAACAGCCUGAGAUUUGGAGAAACUUUGUUGUCCAAACCGGCUACCUUGGAGAUGCCAGCGACAGGGGUUCAGUCCAAAACGGAUAUUUAAAGAUUCAGAAGGUCUUUUGUCAUAAAUCCAAUUUCCGUGGAAAGCCAAUUCACCAAGGAUUCACGGAGGCUUGGAAUCACCUGAAAAGCUUCACGGAGGAAGGAGUUAUGAAUUUUCCAAAUAAGAGGUUAUCCAGCCCGUCUAUCCACGAGUACCAGACUUCUAAAGGAGAUUUAGGCCCAAGAAAGAAGCGACCUGAGCCAAAACCAAUCCUCCAUGAACCAAAGGUGUUUCCUCAGUCAACCUCCUGUCCAAACCAAAAGCACUGUAAGGAUCAUGGGUUUAUUGUCUCUGCUUAUCAUGAAAACGUUUUGAAUCAGAGAAUUUCCAAAAGAAAACACAUCUUUACUUGGUUGAAAAACGUUUUGUUUAAAUCAUUUCAUGAGUUGUUUUUAAUGAGCUGUGUUUUGAAAGAAAUUUGGUGUAGGAAAAAAACAUGAACCAAAAUUGCUUAGGCCAAUAGAUCAAUUUGAUUUCGUUCAAGAUGAAAAGCUUUCAGAUUUGGCGCUGUCGCAUUCUUUUCCUAACAGUUUCACACCUUGGCCUAAUUUUCAAAUUGAUAAACCAAUUUUUGGCGAUCAGUUUACUUGUUUGAUGCUUGCCCACAUGCUUGAUGAUUAUCCUAAGAGCUUGGAUUUUGUUUUUGAUGUCUUAAGGAAAGAGAAACCCUUUGAUUAUUUCUUUCGCAGAUUUGAUGUGGUUUCUCUAGUUGUUUUGAAAGUGCAGGAUAUAAAGGAUCAGUUUCAGAUGGAAGCAAGUAGAAAAGGUCGACACAACACUUGUGAUCUUGGAACAUGGAACUGGAAAUACUUGAGGGAAACAAGUUCAAAACUCCAAGGAAGUUUCUAUCCAUACUUUUCCUUCAUUGAAUUUUAUAUGAUUUUAAAAUUCGUUUUGUCUUAUUCAUUUUCUUUUGAUGCAGGUGAAAUGGAUUUGGGGUCAAAUCCUUUUCAAGAGGGAGGGAAUGAUGUGCCAUGGGGUAGCACACCGGGCAAAACAGACAUGCAUGGCUUGAUCAUGGAAAGCAGUAAAGAUAUAUGUUCAUUGUUUGACUCAUAUCUUCCAAACCACAAGGCUUCUACGCAUGAAAUCACUUGUAGAAUGUUCUCAACUCAAUUACGGAGCUCCUCGAAGAAGAAUCAGAUCAAACGGAGUUCAUAUGUGAUAGUUAUGCUAUUUACAAAUCAGAUGAUCUUCAGUUCUCGCGAAUUCAGACCACCCGAGAAGCUCGAAAUGGCUAACCUUCUUUCUGAUGAACCAACGGUCAAUUCAAUCAUGAAAAAAGUGAUUAUUCAUGUUCUAAAUGUGCAAGAAAGCAUUGGGCUUGAUGGUUUUCAAAAAGAUUCAAAAACGAGCUUGUUUGGGCCAAAUGGAAAACCGAUAAAAUAUUGGCCAAGGGAAAAUAUGGAUUUCGACCAUGCCUCAAAGAGACAUGUCAUGGCCCAUAUCAGGAGCAUAUUCUUCACUUUUCAAAGUCUUGGUCGUGGCUAUAUUAAGAGAUAGUCCAAGUUUCAGUCAAAGACCUUAUUUAGUCAAGUCUUUGUUUCUAUUUCCAAUGUCUUGUUUUUAGCACAUUCUUCUUUGGAUCUCUACAACUUGUAAUCCUAUAAAUAAGGUCUAAGAGCCACGAAAUAAUACAGAUUGUUUUUCCCUUUUUAUGAGUUUCUCUCAUUGUUCUUUGUUUAGAACACUUCUUAGUUUCUUGGUGAGGUUAUCUCCAAGUUUUGAUCCUUCUUUUGUUGGACCGGUGCGUCACAUCCGGCAACGAUCGAAGUCUGGUAGUAUCUUUGGGCUAUUCCGCAACCCUUAGUGUCACCCCUCGAUCCAUCAGUUCUCAAUCCUUUCGGAUCUGAGUUCAUAUCAACCUUACCGAAAGAGUGAUCCUUAUUUUGGUUCUAUCACAUAGCGUUUUGGUCAGCCCUGUGUCUGCCCCCGUUAUCUUUUCUUCGACACUUUAUAUAAUGGUUUAUAUAUGCUAUGUUAAUUAGUUCUUUUGAUAGCAAUUUAUUAAUUCUGAAAUCUAUACUAUUAAAACAAAAUCCCCUUUCUUGAGGUGUCUUUCUUUUUUGCUAAUAUUUACAUAUUUCUGCCAUUGCCUUAUUUAAAACCUAUGCUUUUAAUUAAAUAAAAUAUGCUACCAAAUUCUUUUAUUCCAACAAACAAUAUAUUGCUUAUUUCUCAAUGCCUUUCAACUAAAUCAUAAGAGCCUAAAUGAAAACUCUCUAUAUUAUUUGUAUUAGCGAUAUUAAUUUUUUUCUUUUUGACUUACACGAUAUCAAUCUUAAACCAUAUGCUGAGGUUUCGAGGAAGCCGAAGAUCAAAGUUAGGUGUUUUGCACAAAGUGAUUAUGAAAGCGAUUUGUGAUAAUGGUGGAGAUUCAGAGAAAGCGGUGUGGAUUGUGUUAUCAGCGAAUUUAAAUCCAUAGAAUGCAAUUGCGUGCAAGUAUUUAGGGUAUUACUACUUAUGUGUCAAUCACAUUGGAACUGCUAGGUGUUACCAAAUAAGUGUAAUAAUAAUAAACCCUAAUGAUUCUGAUUCUGGAGAAGUUUGUGCGAUUUGUUGGACUUACAAGGGAAAUAGGUCUUGGAGGUUACUGUUUGCCAAGAGGCUUCGGAGAAGUUUCCCAAGGCUUCUGGACAGUUUGCAGAUUGAGUUACAUUCAAAUUGUUUGUUGUUCUAUAUAAACUUCUUUUUUUUGUUGUUGCAGUCUCUAGGCCUUGCUUAACAGCCACUUGGAAUGUUUGCUGCUAUCAAGGUAAAACAAGUUGUUUCCAUUUUGUAUUUUGGGAAAUUGCCACAUACCACAUUCAUAGUACUUUUUUCAUGUUUACAAUAACCAUUUUUACCCUUAUUUUUAAUGAAGGGUAAAAUAUAUUUAUUCUCCUAAGGUUAACUAAUCUAGAUUUAGGGUUUAGAGUUAAAGGGUUGGGUAGGGUUUUUGGAAUGUGAAAUUUAAGAUUCUAAUAAAUAUAUUAAUAAAUACUUAAGAAUAUAAAAAAUAGUUUCAAACAUAAUUUUUUAUUUUCAAAAAGAAAUUUUGAAAAAUCAAAAUUCAAAAAAAUAUUAUAAAAAAGUUCGAUUUUGAAAAGUAUAAUUUAAAAACAUAAAAAAAUAUUUUUUAUUUUUUUAUUUAAUAAUUAUUUAUUAUAUAUAUAGAGAACAAAAGUAGAAGAUUUUUGCCACUUAAUGAAGAAUUAGAGCUUGACCCGCAUGUAUUCAUUUUCGGUUUGAGAUUGUUUAAUAUUUAUUAUAGGUUUUUUAAUUGUUAUAUUUAAUAUCUUAUAUGAUAUGGUUAUAUAUCAAAAUUAUAUGAUGAGUUACAUUAUUUAUUGAAUUCUCCAUGGAUCAAAAAGAUCUUUGUUAAUCAUAUAGUUUUAAUGUGGUAUUUGUUUAAAUUUUAUUGUCAAUAAAAUAAAAUUUUGAUAUAUUUUUAUGCUCAUUGACUUCCAUAUUUUUAAAUAUUUUGUUUAUAUAUUAGAAAUGCAUAAGUCCAUAUUACUUUAAUAACAUUAUUGAGUUAUAGAUCAAAAAUAGUAUUAGAUAAGUUAUGUAUAUUUGUAAAUGGCGAAUUUUUGUUUUAAAUACGUUCAUGUAAUAGAUUUCAUUAGAUAAUAUAUAUAUAUAGUUAUUGACUUAUAUACAAUUACUAAAUGGCUUUUUAAAUGCUGAAAACGUCACAUACCGCUCCCAAGAGCUAGCUCGUACGCUAUCUUUCUCGCCCAAUACCUCAGUAGUAAAUGAGGACGCGAUGGUUAUUGAGGCUUUAUCAAACAUGGAUAUUACGGGUGGCCAGGAGGAUGGAAUUUUGGAGCAUGCGGUUCAAGAUGAUGAUUUGCUGGGUCUUGAUCUUAUGGAAAUAGAGGCGGUAAAGAAUCAAACACAAGCAGGUGUUUCAUCUCACGGCAAGCACAUAAGUGAAAAUAGUGGGAAUAAAAGGAGUGCUCCGUUGGGCAUUCAAAGUAAGAAAAUACAGUUCCUCCGUCGAGGUUCUCCGUCUUUUCGUAGUGACAGACAUGGCUGUGCGGGUCAUCAUGGUUCAUCAAGGAAAUCAGGAAGUAGUUCUACUAAGGGAGAUGGUGCGUCAAAGAGUGUUGGUUUGGUGGGUUCCAAAUACCGUAGAUGUGUCAGAAGCAUCGCCCAGGACUUGUAUUCCUUACUGAAACGAAGAAUAGGAAGCUGCUGUUGCAAAACAUUUAGGCUGACCUUGGAUUUGAUCAUUUUUAUGGAUGAAUGUCAAGUUAAUGUUUUAUUUUCAAAUAAGAGAAUGAUGGACAUUGAGGCAGUCAUUGAUGGAAUAAAAGUUUUUAUGACGUUUGUUUAUGGAGACCGUGUAAUGGAACAAAGAGAACAGGUUUGGGAACAUCUUACGCGUUUCUCAACAACAAGAAAUGGACCUUGGUUCGUGAUUGGUGUUUUUAAUGAAAUAACUGGACAUAAUGAGAAAUCAGGAGGAAGACAACACCUUGAUAGCUCGUUUCUCCACUUUAGACAGAUGUUAAGCGAUUGGGGCAAGCUGGAAUUUACUUUUACUGGGGAUAUAUUAUCUUGGGUGGGUAAGAGAGCUCGAGGAGCUACUGUUAGAUGCCGCCUUGAUUGAGCUGUUGGAAAUGAGGAUUGGCAUGAUAAGUUUCAUCAUUCUAAUGUUAAAUAUAUGCGGCUUUGGGGCUCGGAUCAUCGUCCGAUCCUUGCAGAUAUUCUCACAAAACCAAUAAGGAAGGUGAAAAAGUUCAAAUUUGACAAAAGGUGGCUGGAUAAUGAGGAACUACGUCAAGUAAUCCUUGAUGGAUAGAAAUUACCAGAUCUUCCUCCAGGUGCAAGUAUUAUGAAGCAUAUUUCGAGCUGCCGAAAGGCGUUGGGCGAGUGGAGAAGCCUGCACAAUUUGAAUUCACGAAAACAAGUGGAGGAGCUCAUACAGAAGGUGGAAGGCCUAUACUCGAAUGAUAAUGCUACAACUGAGUAAAUAGCAGAAGCAUUGAAGGAACUAUCUGAUGCUCUUAAGGCAUAAGAGCUGUUCUGGAAACAAAAAAGCAGAGUAUUCUGGCUAAGAGAAGGGGACAUAAACACAAAAUUUUUCCAUGCAUUAACAAAGCAAAGGAGAGCACGAAAUAAGAUCACACAACUUUUAGAUGCAAAUGGAUAUAUUGUGGAUGAUGAGGAACGACUUGUAGCCAUUGCUACUAGCUAUUUUAGACAAAUUUUUGAGUCCUCAAACCCAGAAGACAUAGAUGAAGCCCUUUUCGAGGUAUCCACGACGAUUACGGAGUCCAAUAAUGACGAGCUUACAGCUCCGGUCACGGAAUGGGAGGUCAAAUUAGCUCUCUUCGCUAUGCACCCAGAGAAGGUUCCUGGCCCAGGUAGGAUGACAGCUCUAUUUUAUCAGAAAUUAUGGGAUAUUGUGAAAGAUGAUUUAACUCAUAUGGUUAAUCAAUUCCUUUUAUAUGGCGAGAUGGCGAAUGGUUUGAAUGACACAAAUAUCUGUCUUAUCCCAAAGACGAUUAGACUAAUGAGAUGUCUCAGUUCCGACCCAUCAGUUUGUGUAACGUAAGCUAUAAGAUAAUCUCUAAGGUCUUAUGCCAGAGACUAAGGAAAGUUACCUGAUAGGAUUUCCAAAACCCAGUCAGCCUUUGUUGCUGGAAGGCAGAUUUCCGAUAAUAUUAUGAUUGCUCAAGAAAUGUUCCACGCCCUGAGGACUAAACCAAGUGGAAGAAAUAAGAGGAUGGCCAUUAAGACGGAUAUGAGUAAAGCAUAUGACAGAAUGGAAUGGUCAUUCAUUAAAGCAGUUAUGCGGAAAAUGGGUUUUCUGAAAUCUGGAUUACCUGGAUAAUGAGAUGCAUUACCUCGGUCAAAUACAAGGUGCUCAUAAAUGGGCAACCAAGGGGGAAAUAUUGUCCCGGAGGGAGGUCUACGUCAAGGAGAUCCUUUGUCUCCAUUCAUCUUUAUUUUAUGCACAGAAGCGCUCAUUAGCCUUCUUAAUCAUGCAGACAACCAAGAGAAGAUAACAAGGAUUCGUGUUACACGCGCGUGUGCUUCGGUGUCCCACCUUCUCUUUGCUGAUGAUAGCCUUUUCUUCUGUAAGGCGGAGCCCCGUUAAUGUGAAGAAUUGAUGAAUGUAGUCAGAAGAUAUGGAAAAGCAUCGGGUAAAUGCAUUAAUUUUGACAAAUCCUCUUUACUCUUUGGUAAAAAUAUCAACGCAAAUGAUAGACAUCAGAUAAAAGAUACUCUUGGCAUUCAGAAUGAAAGAGGGAUGGGAACCUAUUUGGAAAUUCCGGAAGACAUUAGUGGCUCAAAAUGUAAACUUUUUGCUUUCCUGAAAGACAAGCUAAUGCCCAGGGUAAAUGGAUGGACGGGGAGAUGCCUAUCGAAAGGAGGAAAGGAAGUCUUGAUCAAAUCUAUUCUGCUAGCACUCCCGACGUAUGUUAUGUCCACAUUCUUUCUCCCUUUGGAGAUAUGUGAAAAUCUGGCAAGUGUCAUUGCACAAUUCUGGUGGAGUUCGAACCCCCCGAAGAGAGGAAUUCAUUGGACAAAGUGGUAAAAGGUUUGUUUACCACGAGCGGAGGGUGGGAUUGGUUUCCGUAUGAUCCAUGAGUUCAACCUAGCUUUAUUAGCAAAACAACUAUGGAUGUUGGUUCAAUUCCCUGAUUCGUUGGUGGCUAGGGUACUGAGGGGGAGAUACUAUAGAAUGAGUUCGCCUUUAAGAGCAAUAGCAGUAAAUAGUCAUUCGUAUGUGUGGACUAGUAUCUCAGCAACGAGAAAGCUCUUAUUAUUGGGUAUCAGACAGAAGAUACACUCAGGAUAUGAGGUCAAGGUCUGGGAGGACCCUUGGAUCCCUACAACACCAGCUAGACCGGCUAGCCCCUUAGCUCCAGUCAUGCAUCCGAACAUGAGAGUUAGCGACUUUAUCAAUCAGGAAACGAAAGAAUCGGAUGUUGGAUUGCUGGAGAAUUACGUGGUCUCUGAAGACAUACCUCUCAUAAGAAGUUUAUCCAUAAGCUCUACUCAUAGACGUGACACUUUCUGAUGGAAUUACACAAAGAAUUGUGUGUACACUGUUAAAUCAGGAUACUGGGUAGCUCGUAAUUUAUUGCGAUGUGAGGAGGAGAAGGAGAUGUUAGAACCCAGCAUAACCAAGCUCCAGGACUUUGCUUGGAAGAUAAAAGCUCCACAGAAAAUUUGCCAUCUUAUAUGGCAAUUGAUAACAAGUCAUGUGGCAGUAACAAAAAACUUGAUAAGACGUAACAUGAGAUGCGAUCACUACUGUCCAAGAUGUGGGGAACCAGGAGAAUCUGUUACUCAUGCAAUAUUUGAGUGUACGCCUGCUCUACAAGUUUGGGCCUUAUUUUCAACGCCAACGAGUUCAGAUAUUUUCCAUGUCUCGAGUAUCUAUGCUAAUAUGGAUUACCUCUUCUGGAGGAAGAACAUCAUUGCCGGGCCAAACUUAGAUAAGGAUUCAUACCCCUGGAUAAUCUGGUAUAUUUGGAAGGCUAGGAACGAUAAACCUUUUAGGGGCAUAGACUGAGACCCUAUGGAGCUAGUUCGCUAUGCAGAGAGUGAGUGUCAAGCAUGGUUCAAUGCGAAUGAAAUGAUUCCACCGACUGUACAGGAGCAUAGUAAUGAACCAUCUCAAGUCAUAAGCUUGAGUAAUAUUUUUCUACUAGAUGGGUCAUGGACAUCUACAUCACAGUUCAGCGGGAGUGGAUGGUCUUGGAAAGACUGUUUGGGGAAUACUCAAGUUAUGGGGACACAGAAUUAUAUACGACGAGAGUCUCCUCUGCACACUGAAGUAGAAGCAUUAAGAUGGGCGAUGGAGAGCAUGCUAUAAUAUUCGACAUGUCAGAGCUUCAGAACAGACUGCAAGGAUCUGAUCGUUAUGAUGAAGGAACCACAACCUUGGCCUAGUUUUGCAACAGAAUUGGAGAGGAUAAAGACUUUGCAGAUAUGCUUCCCGGAAUUCAGGAUUAGCCAUGUUCUACGAGCACAAAAUCGGAUCUCUGACUUCCUAGCUAGGACGGCAAGAUCUUUCCAUUGAGACCUUUAUUUUGUUGGUUGUUCUAUUCCGGUCUGGUUACCCAGACAAACUCAAGUUUGAGUAAUAAAAUAGCUUUUCGAUGUCAUAAAAAAAUGCUGAUGGAAGACUAAAUAUAACUAAUUACUAAAUGGGCUUUCCAAUUAUCUAUGUUAUGCUAAAAUAACAAUAACAAAGCCCAGUUAUAUGUUAACAACUUUACGCAGGAAAAAUCAGUUACACGUUGAAAAAAAACUAUGUUCGAUAAUCAAAAUAGAAAACUCUAGGGUUGCAAAGGAAGAAGAGGGAGAUAUUCAGCGUGUUCCAGGGAGAAUUGCAGACGAUUUUUAUGUGAUCUGGAAUCAGAAGAUGUAAGAAUUGAUUAAUCGACUAUAUCAAGGUACCAAUUAGUAUGUAUACUCUGUUUAAACACCGAGUUCUAUACUCGUUUGAGACUAACAAAACAUCCGAAUUCAAUGGAAACCUCUUGAGAUUUCGUGUCUACAGUUGAUAGGUAUCUUGAUUGUGUACGAAAUCGAGACAUAGAAGAAGAAACAGUAGACAUCCAAUACAUCAAUUGAAGAAACCUGGUCGCAUGAGUCUACGGCGAUGUUUCCUGUAUAGAAUGCAUGGUUCAUAUUGUGAUGGAUAGAGUGAUAAGAGCAGAUUUGUAAACAUCAAAGAAGGAAGAGGUUUCCGACAUAAAAACAAAAGAUAAGUACUCUAUUAUUGAUAUUUAUAAAUUCCCAGUGAGUAGUAUGAUUAAACUUAGAGAUUGUUUAGAUUGCUUGAAUGUAUUAUAUAAACAUGUUUUACUAAAACCGAAUAUAUGGUCUGCAGGUCAUAGAAUUCAGUUUUUCGAAACUCUUAGACAGAUGUAAGCUCAUCUACUCAAAAUGCACAUUGAAGCUGACACCCGAUCGUUUAAAACACCACAAAGCAACUUCAGAAAUGAGUUCUCCUUUCUCUUUUUCUGGAUUGAUGCAAAAGAUAUGAAGAACAUGGAAGUCAGGGUUAUUGCUGUGGGAACCGAAAUUUGCACUAUCAAUUUCCCUUUAAAUUAGGAAAGUAGGAGAACCCUAGUUUUUAGAGGUCCUAGAUAUCUGCUAAUACCACACGCCAAGCAAUCAGAACACGAAACGAGAACAGUAAUAAAAUAAGAAAUCGUAAAAAGAGCAAAAGGUGUCUUAUUUCGAAUUUGCGUAUGAGCGUUACAACAAGGUAGAAGCCUCGGCAAUGAGAGCUGCCGGCGAGAUCCCUAGUUCUAACAACCUAACACUGCAAAACCUAGUUGAGUCGCAGCUCGAAAUAACAAAAACGAAAAGGGCCUAAUUGCUCUAAGCGCUAAGUUUGUAGUGAAAAAGUUCACUUUUGUGCCUCUCGCCUAGGACUCCUUAUAUACUCGCUCGUCGGUUUAUGCUUUUUCCCUUCUGCCCUUAAGCCGUCAUAGCUUAAAAAUGGAGAUUUUCGUGAUUAUCUUUGAUAACUUCACAUUUAUCCGCGGAAACUUGACAUUUAUCUUUCCUUACGAACCAAGCAUAAACCGUCAUACGGUUAUGGGCUUUUGGUUUACGAAAUUGCAAGUGGGCUUCGAGUUACGUCUUAGGUCUCUUUGGGCUGUCUUUGACUUGAAACGUUCAUUACGGUUUCAUCGAUAAAAACGAACUCUCCGCUGUUUUUAUCGUAAAGUUUGAUUGAUGACUUCGAAUGAUGAAAAACAUGAAAUGGUUUGGCCACGGUUUUCGGGAGAUAGCAUUAAAGAGUAGACGAGAAUGCAUGGAUUUGUACAUAGGAGGCUUGACUUCAAAAUUGUUGUUGGUAAUAGUUCGUACUUAUAAGUUACGUUUCAGUUAUAAUUAUUGAAAUUAUAAUCUUGUGUAUGUUCAAAGACACUUUUAAUUUCAGAUGUUAUCGGCGUGGUAGUUUAUUGUGCACCAAUCCAAUUUCUUUUGAAUGAUAAAACUAAGUUCAACGACCUUCCAUUUCUGAGUUUCACAAUAGAAGAUGAUAGGUAUGUUCAUUAUCUCUGUAUUAAUACUACAUAAAUAUUCUAGAGAUGUAUUGUCAUAAUAUGUUUGUUAUACAUAGGGAACGUAGAAUCGAAUGCCAAGCAGUAGGUGACAUUGCCGUUCAGUUUGAGAAAAGUCGUGUUCGUUGUCAACAAUCUGGAGUUCCUGAAAUUUGCUUAUUACGAUUUUGGCAUAUUAAUCAAUUCCCAGAUGGUAUUAUUUUGUUUUUCUUCAUUUGGAUAAAUUGCAUACUCCGUUUAAUAUGUAUUAGUUUACCUCCCAUGUUUAGUUUUCCUUACAGGUGAGCACGAAUACAACCAAGUACUGUGGAACCCUGAUGUACUUGAAGCUAAUGCGUUGCGUGAAAGGCUCUUGAGCACUUGAAUCGGACGACUCUUCAGGAUAGAGUGAUGGAUGUGUUGGAAACUCGAAUGUCGUCAUUACUGCGUUCUGUGUUUGUUUCUUCAUGUUGUGUUUAUUUAUGUUGUAUUAAUGUUAAAACAAAAUAGUUGGCUUAAAUUAAGAGAUCUACAAUGUUGAUUAUUCCGUUUGUAACCUCUGGAAAUCGAUUUGGAAUUAUGAUUAUUAAAGUGUACUCGGGUUUCCAUUGGCGUAGCAAGCUUGCAUCACCAAGUUAGACACACUUACGUGCGAAGGUAAGGUAAAGACAUCUAAAGCUGCGUACACUCCGUCCCGGUCUGUUAGUUCCUUCAUAGACUUGCAUGUUGCUCUCAAUCGAUCGAGAUCUGCAACGGAGUUAGCGGCCACACACUCGGCCACUAUGGCUUGGAUUUCUUCAGGUAGGGCGGUAAGAAGGAAUUGUUCCAUUAUCUAUGUUUUGUUUGAAUUUUUCAAGAUUCGGAGAGAUGGAGUGGUGGUGAUUGCAUAAGGUAGUUGAGUUCCCAAGUGAUAGAAGGAGCUACAAGGAACAACUAAAGAAGAAAAGAAAUGUCUUUGGGGAGACGGAUUAUGUCGGCUUGGGUUUAAGGGAUGGAUCGGGUCAGAUAUUGUUGAUCGAGGUCUAGUUUUAUAAUAUUACGGAUUGACCCCAACAACUAAUGUUAAAAUCAAUUAGACCUGAUUAUGAUAUUGCAAGACAUUUUUAAUUAUGUACAAUGGUUUUAAGAUUCAACACCCUCCACUUCAUCUUUUAACACUCCAUGUCAUAUUAUCUUUCUUACACAUCAUCAUUCAACACACAUUCAAUUUUUAUCCACUACAAUGGUCUUGUUGAAUAAAAUUCUACACUCUAUUUUAUUAAUUAAUAUUUAUUUUUUUCUAUAUCUAAAUUAUAUAAACCUAGCCUCUUUUUAUAGAUAAUUUAAAAUAUUAAAUUUUAGUAUAAGAAAUAAAAAUAAAUUAUUUAAUUUAUAAUGAAACUAAUUAGUUUUAAAUAACUAAGAGAAUAUCAAAAUAUCAAAAAUCUUUAGAAAAUGACAAGUGUCGUCGGUGGUCCCCACUUUCUUGUUAUUCAACAUGUUGAAUCUUUUCAACACCAAUUAAUCCACAUCAUCAAAUUUUAUUUUUCAACACCCUCAUUGUAGGGAUUCAACUGUUGAAUCUUUUAUUCAACCGAUGUAUUUGUGGCAUGUCUUAACAUAAACUUCGUGUCGUUAAUACAUGCCACAUUAUUUAAUUCUAAGUCGUAUUAAGGACACAUUAUGAUACAUCAGUUAAGGUCCUAUUUGUAAUAAACCUCUUUUUAACAUUAUUUUGUUAAAACAAAAACUUUUAAUAAAUGGGACCUUUACCAUUCUGAAAUGCGAAUUUUAGAAAUUUUGAGAUUUAGGGUUUUGGGAUCCAUGGUCCGUAAAAAGACGACACCGAUCAAUUUUGCUGUCAACCAGCGGGAUCCAAUGGUCGCUCGGACGGUUAAGCCAUUUAAACCCUUUGGUUCGUUUGUUACAGGAGUAUUGGAAAUGUCGGGGAGGGAGCUAAUGCAGCCUGAUAGUGUAGAAGUGCCGAACAGGCCAAACUACAGUAACCUGGCGAUAGCUCAUGUGACGGUAUGUAUCCUAGAACUAGGAAACACCACAGUGUUCGCUUUGAACGAUUAUAUUACUUGUGGCUUCACUAACUUUAAUAAACGUAUUUCAGGUGGAUGGAAAGGAACCAGUGCAACCAAAGCGGAUGUGCUUCAAUCCGACGGAGUAUAAUAAGCAAAUCAAGCUCUCUACAAGGUGUUACAUCCAAAAGGCAGUGAAGACAUUAAAUUCUUUAAAUGUUCCGCUUACAGCAGGCGAGAAGAGAUGGUUUGAGACACAUGAUCAAUUCAAACACCUCUUCCACAUGCCCUAGGAGAAACACCACAAGGUUAUGGGAAUGUGAAUGCUUUUACUUCGAACUGUGUGUACAGAGAAGAAAAAGAAAGCCUGGUUCGUAGUCAAUGGGACCCCCAUCCGAUAUUCACUCAGAGAACACACUCCGAUAUCUGGUUUAAACUGUCAGCGUUAUCCGCAUAACUAUGGACAGUUGGACGGCUUAGAUUUUGAAGGGCAAUUUUCGGGGAAUCAUCAGUUUUAUGUUGGCAAGUCAUUGCUGUUUAUAUUCAAAAAAAUUACAAAAGUCAUAUAAAUAUAUAAAACGUUAAAACAGUUCUAUUGUGAAUAAACUCUUAAAUUUUGAAAGUUUGAAUAUAUAUAGAUUUUGGAUUGUAUAAAAUUUAGGAAAAUUUAUUGGACCAAAGAGUUAGGUAGAGUUUCUCAAGUUUACCUAGUUGUACAUAGCAAUGUAACAUUACGUUAUCGGUAGGGGAAUCAGCAGCUUUAUACUGGCAAGGUUUUGUUGUUUACUUGCGAACACUGUGCGGGUAUAUUGCGAACACAUUCUAUGCUUGCCGUUGUCUCUUUUGUUUUUCUUUCAGGCCUUCCAGUAAACCUAAGGUGCAAGAGGACAUAUUAAGAUGAAAAAAAUUAAUUUUAAAAAUUUUGAAGGGUAAUUUUAGGGGAAUCAUCAGUUUUAUACUGCCAAGCCAUUGCUGUUUACUUGCCAACACCGUGCGGGUACAUUGCGAACACAUUAUCUGCUUGCCGUUGUCUCUUUUGUUUUUCUUUCAGGCUUUCUAGUGUUCCUAAGGUGCAAGAGAACCUUGGUAUAUUCUAUAUUCAAAAAAAAUUACAAAAGUCAUAUAAAUAUAUAAAACGUUAAAACAGUUCUAUUGUGAAUAAAAGUUUGAAUAAAUAGAGAUUUUGGAUUGUAUAAGAUCUAGAGAAAUUUAUUGGACCAAAGAGUUAGUUAGAGCUUCUCUAGUUUACCUAGUUGUACAUAGAAAGGUGACAGCACAUAACCGGUAGGGGAAUCAUCAGUUGUACACAUUCUCUGCUUUCCGUGGUCUCUUUUGUUUUUCUUUCAGGCCUUCCAGUGAUCCUAAGGUGCAAGAGGACAUAUUAAGAUGUAAAAAUUUUAAUUUUAAAAUUUUGAAGGGUAAUUUUCGGGGAAUCAUCAAUUUUAUAUUGGCAAGUCAUUGCUGUUUAUAUUCAAAAAAAUUACAAAAGUCAUAUAAAUAUAUAUAACGUUAAAACAGUUCUAUUGUGAACUAGGUAAAGAACCCGUGCGAUAUCGCACGGCACUUAUUUUUAUAAAAAUAGAUAUAUCAUAUAUUUUAUAAAAUAUUUUUGUAACAAAUUCUUUCCAAAAGUACACAUGUUAAACUAUGGUAAAUUGUAUGAAACUAUGGUAAAUUAUUAUGUCAUAUGAUAUGUAGUGUGGAAGAAAAUUGAAACCAAUAACUUGUUUUGUUUAUGACUUUUUUUGCUACACAUACGUAGCAAUCCUCUUUUGUGACAUCGUUUUAUUUGUAUACAAUGCAAAUAAUCUGUAUGUAAGUAACAGCAUAGAUUUUUAUUUAUCAUUUUAAUAAAUUUGUGAAAGAUUUAAAACUAAAUAUUUUAGAAAUUUUUCAAGACUUUUUUGAAUAAUGACGAUAUUAACAUUUGUGGCAGUUAUAUUUUAAUGGUAUUUUUAUAAUAUAUUUUGAAAAUGUAUUAAUAGAUUGCAUAAUGAAAAUACACAUAAUUAGAGAAAGACACUAAUUUGGAUAUUUUAACAAUUUUUUAAAACUAAAACUAUUCUAAAUGGAAGGUAGGGGAUAUCAAAACAUAUAACCGUUUUCUCUCUGAGCAAUAAAGACGCGACCUAUGUAACUACCGCUUUUCUUGCUUUCUUUCGUUUUUAGUCGUAACACAUCUACAGUCUUCAAUCGAUGUCACCUUUUUGCAUAUUUUUGGAUCCAUGGUGGUUUUGACCAGUUAUCGAUAUCUAUGGCAGUGAUAUUAACAUGGUUCUUCUUCCUAUGAUUAUCGUAGUUGUCCCACAUCGUUUUUGGUAGUUAAAGAUUCUAGACUCUGUUUUGUUCUGUGAUAACAGAGUAAAAACAGUUUGCAAUAUCACAAUCUUGUGAUUAUCAAUAUCACAAACUUGUGAUUAUCAAUAUCACGGUGCUCUCUUCAAUAACACAAACUUUACUUUUUACUGUGUGAGAAAUAAUUGUUUUUGUUUUCAGGACAAUGACAACACCUUAAAUAGACUCGAAACAGUACAAAAGAACUAGACAAAGAGUUGUGUCUCUUCCUUAAGAGUUGUGUCUCUUCCGUAAGUAUUGUGUCUCUUCUUUCUCAUGACUCUAAAUGAAUAAUUAACUUAAUAACAUAUUACGACUCUUAAUACAUAAAGCGUAUCCUAACGUACUUGGGAACUCAUUUAUUCGACCAACAUAGGUGUGGUGUUUGUCUCCUUUUGUGCAGUAAUAACUCUCACAUUUAUUCAUAAAGUUUUGCAGUAGUUUCAUAUUGAAGAGAUACAAGCUUUAAUCAAAAGUCACCUAAGUGAACAAACACAACUUUUAACAAAAAUUGAGUUUUUUAUAAAAGCACAGAACCUUUGGAAUUAAUUGGGAUUGCUAUUAUUAGUAGAUAAACUCUUUAUAUUUGCAAGUCAUUGCUGUUUACUUGCCAACACAAUGUGGGUACAUUGCGAGCACAUUAUCUGCUUGCCGUUGUCUCUUUUGUUUAUUUUUCAUGCUUGCUAGUGAUCCUAAGCUGCAAGAGAACCUAUUAAAAUGUAAAAAUUAAUUUUAUUGAUUCCCAUGUGUGACUGUAGUUUUCUAUUUCGUAUUGGUGAUGAAUCAUGUAUAUAUUUCGCAAGUAGUGUUGCUUCUUCUAGUUUUCUUCAAAAUGCCUAUGUUUGGUUUUUCUGUGGUUACUUAGUGUGUCUUCGGCCAACUCGAGCUUAUCAUUAAAAUGAAGAUUGUGGAUUGGGCUUAGGCCCACCGUACCCAAGAUGAUUGUGUGUUGGCACGUCAUGUGAGAGUGGUGUAAGUAUGAUGGGACGGUUGAGUGACCAUGCCUCUAGUUUUCUUUAUCGAUUAUUAUUAGGGCUUGACUUGGGAGUCUCAUCGCUUCUGUUUCUUUCUGCAAGAUUCUCCCUUUAAGAAAAGUGUACUCGGGUUUCCAUUGGCGUAGCAAGCUUGCAUCACCAAGUUAGACACACUUACGUGCGAAGGUAAGGUAAAGACACCUAAAGCUGCACACACUUCGGCCCGGUCUGUUAGUUCCUUAAUAGACUUGCAUGUUGCUCUCAAUCGAUCGAGAUCUGCAACGGAGUUAGCGGCCACACACUCGGCCACUGUGGCUUGGAUUUCUUCAGGUAGGGCGGUAAGAAGGAAUUGUUCCAUUAUCUAUGUUUUGUUUGAAGUUUUCAAGAUUCGGAGAUAUGGAGUGGUGGUGAUUGCAUAAGUUAGUUGAGUUCCCAAGUGAUAGAAGGAGCUACAAGGAACAACUAAAGAAGAAAGGAAAUGUCUUUGGGGAGACGGAUUAUGUCGGCUUGGGUUUACGGGAUGGAUCGGGUCGGAUAUUGUUGAUCGGGGUUUAGUUUUAUAAUAUUACGGAUUGACCCCAACAACUAAUGUUAAAAUCAAUUAGACCUGAUUAUGAUAAUUGCAAGACAUUUUCAAUUAUGUACAAUGGUUUUAAGAUUCAACACCCUCCACUUCAUCUUUUAACACUCCAUGUGAUAUUCUCUUUCUUACACAUCAUCAUUCAACACACAUUCAAUUUUUAUCCACUACAAUGGUCUUGUUGAAUAAAAAUCUACACUCUAUUUUAUUAAUUAAUAAUUAUUUUUUUCUAUAUCUAAAUUAUAUAAACCUAGUCUCUUUUUAUAGAUAAUUUAAAAUAUUAAAUUUUAGUAUAAGAAAUAAAAAUUUAUUAUUUAAUUUAUAAUGAAACUAAUUAGUUUUAAAUAACUAAGAGAAUAUCAAAAUAUCAAAAAUCUUUAGAAAAUAACAUGUGUCGUCGGUGGUCCCCACUUUCUUGUUAUUCAACAUGUUGAAUCUUUUCAACACCAAUUAAUCCACAUCAUCAAAUUUCAUUUUUCAACACCCUCAUUGUAGGGAUUCAACUGUUGAAUCUUUUAUUCAACUGUUGAAUCUUUUAUUCAACCGAUGUAUUUGUGGCAUGUCUUAACAUAAACUUCGUGUUGUUAAUACAUGCCACAUUAUUUAAUUCUAAGUCGUAUUAUGGACACAUUAUGAUACAUCGGUUAAGGUCCUAUUUGUAAUAAACCUCUUUUUAACAUUAUUUUGUUAAAACAAAAACUUUUAAUAAAUGAGACCUUUACCAUUCUGAAAUGCGAAUUUUAGAAAUUUUGAGAUUUAGGGUUUUGGGAUCCAUGGUCCAUAAAAAGACGAUACCGAUCAAUUUUGCUGUCAACCAGCGGGAUCCAAUGGUCGCUCAGACGGUUAAGCCAUUUAAACCCUUUGGUUCGUUUGUUACAGAAGUAUUGGAAAUGUCAGGGAGGGAGCUAAUGCAGCCUGAUAGUGUAGAAGUGCAGAACAGGCGAAACCACAGUAACCUGGCGAUAGCUCAUGUGACGGUAUCUAUCGUAGAACUAGGAAACACCACAGUGUUCGCUUUGAACGAUUAUAUUACUUGUGGCUUUACUAACUUUAAUAAACGUAUUUCAGGUGGAUGGAAAGGAACCAGUGCAACCAAAGCGGAUGUGCUUCAAUCCGACGGAGUAUAAUAAGCAAAUCAAGCUCUCUACAAGGUGUUACAUCCAAAAGGAAGUGAAGACAUUAAAUUCUUUAAAUGCUCCGCUUACAGCAGGCGAGAAGAGAUGGUUUGAGACACAUGAUCAAUUCAAACACCUCUUCCACAUGCCCUAGGAGAAACACCACAAGGUUAUGAGAAUGUGAAUGCUUUUACUUUGAACUGUGUGUACAGAGAAGAAAAAGAAAGCCUGGUUCGUAGUCAAUGGGACCCCCAUCCGAUAUUCACUCAGAGAACACACUCCGAUAUCUGGUUUAAACUGUCAGCGUUAUCCGCAUAACUAUGGACAGUUGGGCGGCUUAGAUUUUGAAGGGAAAUUUUUUGGGAAUCAUCAAUUUUAUGUUGGCAAGUCAUUGCUGUUUAUAUUUAAAAAAAUUACAAAAGUCAUAUAAAUAUAUACAACGUUAAAACAGUUCUAUUGUGAAUAAACUCUUAAAAUUUGAAAGUUUGAAUAUAUAUAGAUUUUGGAUUGUAUAAAAUUUAGGAAAAUUUAUUGGACCAAAGAGUUAGGUAGAGCUUCUCAAGUUUACCUAGUUGUACAUAGCAAUGUAACAUUACGUUAUCGGUAGGGGAAUCAGCAGCUUUAUAAUGGCAAGUCAUUGAUGUUUACUUGCGAACACUGUGCGGGUACAUUGCGAUCACAUUAUAUGUUUGCCGUUGUCUCUUUUGUUUUUAUUUCAGGCCUUCCAGUAAACCUAAGGUGCAAGAGGACAUAUUAAGAUGAAAAAAAAAAUAAUUUUAAAUUUUUUGAAGGGUAAUUUUAGGUGAAUCAUCAGUUUUAUACUCCCAAGCCAUUGAUGUUUACUUGCAAACACCGUGCGGGGUACAUUGCGAACACAUUAUCUAAUUUCCGUUGUCUCUUCUAUGUUUCUUUCAGGCCUGCUAGUGAUCCUAUGGUGCAAGAGGAAAUAUUAAGUUGUAAAAAAAUAAUUAUAAAAUUUUUGAAGGGUAAUUUUAUGGGAAUCAUUAGUUUUAGACUGGCAAGUCAUUGCUGUUUACUUGCCAACACAGUGCGGGUACAUUGUGAACACAUUAUCUGCUUGCCGUUGUCUCUUUUAUUUUUCUUUUAGGCCUUCCAGUGAUCCUAUGGUGCUAGACGACCUAUUUAGAAGUAAAAAAUUAAUUUUAAAUUUUUUAAAGGGUAAUUUAAGGGAAAUCACCAGUUUUAUACUGCCAAGCCAUUGCUGUUUACUUGCCAACACAGUGCGGGUACUGGCAAGUCAUUGCUGAACCCUUGCCUACAUUCUGCGGAAUAUUGCUAAAAUAUUAUCGCCUUGCCGUUUUUUUUAAGCGUACUGUAUUGGCAAGCAACUGGCAGCUAAAUAUCAAAUUAGUAGAGAUUACAGACCAAGCCGAAAAACCCAAACAAAAUAACUGUAGUUUGAUCACCGGAAAACAACAAUACCCCGAUAAAUAAACGCUAAACUGACAAACACUCCCCCUGAAUGAUUGACUAAUUAGCUGAACACCCAUAUAUAUCACCCAAACAACAAUGUGGCUAAUUUGCACGUCGAUCGAUUAUGUCCACCUUUGUUGCAUUUAGUACACACGUACCUCCCUUUUUCCUUCAUUGUUGAUUUGGCACCCUGAGUUGCCUUCUUUGAUGUUGGGCUACUCUGGAAAAGUCCUUUUCUCAAACUGGGGGAUGGAGUGGUUGGUGCUGUAAUCUUUGUCGAGUAUUUUGGUUUCUUUUUUGAUGACGGAUUAGUUGAUGGCGUCUUCCUCGAUAGAUUAGUUUGGUUCUGUCGUAUUGGAGUUCUGGGGGCUGAAUUACGACCACGUUUCUUUGUUGAUGUGUUACGUGAAGACUGAUUACCUUUCGGUGUCACUGGAGGUGGAUUGCUCGUACUCAUUGUUUGGUUCUUCUUUCUUAGUAGUUUACGCUUGAACCGCUUGGCUUUUUCAAUAGCAGAUAAGUAUCUCUUCAUCUUCAGUCUACCACGUUGUUUGCAAAUUUCUGGUGGCAGACACACUUGAGUAAGUACAUCGGCUGGUGGGAUCAAAUCUUCAUCUGUAUGGUUAAUAGGUUCUGUGUACGCUGCCACCAAGUAGGCCUUUGUGUAAGCAGGGUCCACUAGGGUAGCUUCAACAAUUUUCCGAGAUUUAGCCACUUUAAUUGCGUGCUCACAGGGUAUCUUAUCGAGAUCAUAUUGCUUACAAGUACAACUCCUCUGCAAAAAAAAGGAAGUUUAUGAAUAAAAACAGAGAAAAAUGAGGACAUGUAGAAGUGAAAGUCUAUGUUUUCAUACCUUUUCUAGAUCAACCAUACAUAGCAGAUCUCCACCACUAACAUAGCUACGAUUUGAAUUAAUAUGAUCAACAGUUAAUGUACCAAUGUUGUCGUGUCUCAUAUGCAGUGUGAGUUCAGCUACUUCUGUGAGGUCUGUUUUCAUUGAGGCAGCUUUCUCUCGCAUUUCCGCAAACCAUCUUGAAAGCAUCUUUCUAAAAGAAUCCACAAAAUAUGCAAUUGGAAACGCUCUUUCCUCCUUAAGCACACCAUUAAUGCAUUCGCAGAAAUUGCUUGUCAUGAUAUCAUAUCUGUCUCCUGGAAAAUGUGAACGAGCCCACAUUCUAAUAUCUACAUUUGUCAAGUAGCGGUGAAGUUUGCUGUCUUGAAGUUCAAUGACUUCAAACAUAUUCUGAAAUUCCACCUGUCGAUAUACUCGGGCAGCCCUUUUCGCCAAACCUACCAUUGGGGCAUUUUUGAAACCGGUCAUGUUUUGUCCAAGGUGAUAUAAGCAUAUGCCCUUAUCAGCUUCAGGAAAAACAUUCGUAAGAGCCUUGGCUAUUGCUGGGCAUCGGUCAGAGAUGAAAGCCAUAUUUUUACCAUCACCUACCACACCACGCAGCUGAGUAAAAAACCAUUCCCAUGCAGCUGCAUCCUCUGCAUUUACAAUCCCAAGAGCUAUAGGAUAUUACCCCUAUUUCCAUCCUCACAUGCAUCCACUAACAUAACACCUCUGUACUUACCACUUAGAUGUGCUCCAUCUAUAACAAUAAUCCUUCUCAUGAACGGAAAGCCUUUGAUACAUGCGCCAAAAGCAAUGACCAAAUACUUAAACCUUUUCUUGGCAUCAAGUUCAAGCUCUGUUAUUGUACCUGGAUUGGCCUGCUUUAUUUUGUAUAGAUAUGAAGGCAAGUCCCGAUAGCCACUAGCAUGAGUGCCUCUAACUAACUCUCGUGCAUAUGCUAAUGCACUAUGAGCCUUUGUAUAAAUAAUGUCAAGUUUAUAAACAGCCCUUAUACAGUCCAUUAUAUGUUUGGGCCGGAUUCCUUUAAGAUCACUGCCACCAGUAAAUCCCUCAACAUACAUCUGGCCAAUACAUUUUGCAUUUGCCUGUCGUUGGCGAGAGUACCUAAUGACCGCAGAGCAUGUAUGAAGAUCAGUAUAUUUACCAACGAGGAAUUCUGGAGAUGAUGUCGACAUUCUUGUAGCACGUAUCCUCUAGGUACAUCCAACAACGAAGCAUUUUGCGUAAGAUAUUUGCCUCCAAGACUUUUUGACAAUGAAAUCAAACCUUUCGAUCCCUGAAACCUUGCGUAAUUUUACUAUUACUUCCUUCUUGCCACUAAAUAUGUCACCAGACUUAAUGGUUUCACUCUUCCGCAGCUGUGAUGGUUUCAUAGUCUCAUGUGGUGGCUUCAUAAUCUCAUGUGGUGGCUUCAUAGUCUCGUACUGAACAUUUCCAAAAUUACCAAAAUGUGCAGCAGCAUUCUCUCUGACAACACGCUCUUGAUUUCUAUUCACAUCAUGAUGACCUUUGUUUGCAGUCAAUGAGACAUUAAUACACAUUAUGUCUGUCUUCAACAAUGUGAUAAAGCUUGCAAGGUGUCUGUCGUUAUUCAAGAAAAUCGGAGGAGUGUUUCUAGGUAUUUGCUCCAAUAUACGUUUAGGCAGCAUAUAAGAUAACUUGACCGCUUCCAUCUCACUAAUCUUGUAAUCUUCACAAACCAUGCGCAGAAAAUCUUCGUAGUUCACAUCGUCUGCAACAAAAAAAAGAAUUCCCCUUCUUACUUGGAUCAAGAACGAACUCCCAACCAACAUUAUCCAUCUUCCAUUGUCCAAAAACAGUAAUUAAGUGCAACAUUAUCUGCAUAAUAAAACUUACGUCAAAAGAUCAGAAGACACAUUGAAAAACUUUUCUUUUAGAAAGACAACAAGGUAUAGUGAAUCGAAGCGGCACGAUAACAACAUUUUUAAGGCAACCAUAAAGACUUCGCCUUUGUUCAUACAUCUUAUAACAAUGGACUGUUUAUCAUACUUGGUGUCUCAGAUCUGGUUUCGAAGUUUCUGUCAAUCAAAUCGCAUAUAAUAUUUUUUCGCCUUCCACCAAUAAACUAUCGAAAUUUAUCAUAAAUAAAUGCAGAUCUGACAGUAGAGAAGAGAAAGUAGUGCUGCGGCUUGAAGGUAUGAAACGUAUCUAAAGUGUUAUCUUUUCUUUCUGUUUUAAUUUUUGUAUUAUUUUUGUUGGAAAAUGGUUAAAUGGUAAUUUCUAAAAGAGUGUGGACCCUUUUAACAAUUUUCCUUUGGAAGGGUACUAUUCUCACAUAUGUUUUCGAAAGUAGGGUAUAUCAACAAAUGAGCCUAAUUUAAAUAUAGGAAGUAAAUAUAUCAGCUAAUAUUCUCGAAUCCAGAUUUUAUAUAAUUGAUAUUUCAUAUAAAUAAUUAUAUAAAGAUGUCUAGUGUUGUUGUAGAGCUAAGAGUUAAUUGCUUUUUAAUUUUUAGAUUCAAACAUUUGUUGUGGUAGAUCAUACUAUAUGUUUUUAUAACCAGGUCGAAUAUCACAAAAGGACAAAGGAAUUUCGAUAAAACAGUUAAUCUUGUAUCGUAAGAUUGCAUUGGACUAUACGAUAUGUCUUUUUAUCAUACUAUAUAUAGAUAGUAGACACUGCUAGGACUGAAAGAGGAACUGUUUUGUUUUAGUGAUAGUCGAAGCUUGGUGUAAGUGUCAAGAAAAUAACAGAGUCCAUGUAUUUAUAAUCAAUAUAUUGUGUUUAACUUAAUCAAUAAAUACGAAACUACAAUUUAUAACUCAUUAAUUAUUUGAGAAAAUAUAAAUAUUCUCAAUAAUCCAUUUAUCUCAAAUCAUCCAAAUAAGUAAAAAAAAAGAAUAGAAAAACAAAUUAUUCUUUGACAAAUUAUAAAUAUUCUCAAUAAUCAUCUUAUUCAAAUCAUCCAAAUAAGUAGAACAAAAAAAAUGAAAACGCAAUAUUGUUUCUUCAAAGAAAAUAAAGCAUAAACCAAGAGACAAAAAUAGAAAACCAACUUAAAAAUAAAAGCAAAUCAAAGCACUGCAGAGUUGCUCUUCCUUCUCCUUUUCCACUUUGAUGGCGGUGCACAACUUUUUUGAUGUCGAACUUAUGUCUGGGAGGUCAGCAUCUUCCUCUUUGCGUUUUGGGAAAGGUGUUAUGCAUUCUUCUGAUUCAUUCUGACUGUUUAAUUCCAACAUGAGCACCAAAUAUACAUAAUUACAUCAUCAUAUAAGUUAUAAUCAAAGAUAAAAUCAGAAUAUUACAAUGUAUGUAUAAUAGUGGUAACAAACUUACACUUCCAGAAGACAUGGAAGAAGAUGAUGCGCCAAUCAUUGAGGCUGGCUCCGACUGGGAUUCUAUUUCUAGAAUUUUAUCUCCAGACCAGACCUCGAGAACUCUAAAUGUGGCUGCGCGAUUUGUCACAUUGUCAUCCGAUACAGAAAUGCCAAAACAAAAAGAUUUUCCAACUAUCUCUUUGAUAGGUUCUGGUAGGAGCUAUGGAUCUUCAAAGAUUUUCCAACUAUCUCUUUGAUAGGUUCUGGUAGGAGCUAUGGAUCUUCAAUAUGUGUUGAGUUUUAAAUAAAUCAAGUUUCCGCAUAUAAAACACACAUAUUUUCGUUUCAAAACCGAACAUUACCUCAUCAUUGGAGCCAUCCCACAUAUCAACAACAUCAUGUCCAAGAAUGGUCUUACCAACAAUGUUAAGCAAUAUCAACUUACACGUUUCUGUGUCAUCCCUCUAAAUCAAAUGAAGCUUGAAUCUAUUAGAGUAUAUGGGAAUUAAAUUAGAGUGGUCAUAAAAUUCUAAAGAAAGAAUAAAUAAGAAAUUGAAAGCAUAAAGUAAGUUCUUACACAGGUACCACUUCAGUGAUAUUAAUUUGGCAUUUUCCAUAACGCCAAAGUUGUUUUUCAUGCGGGUUUGACUUUGAAGGAACAAUCUUACCAAUUUUAAUAGCACGAUGUUUGCAAUGUUCAUGCCCAAAAUAGAACCAUGCCCAAUCAGUGUUAACAAAUUCAAUUGAACAAAUGAUUUUGCAGUUUUCAACCUACAAUUAUAUUCACAAAUUUAGAUAUAAGUAUUUCUGAUCAGGUUAUAUUUAGAAACGAAAAUAAUAAUUAAAAACUUAACUUAAUACAAUAUCUACUUUAUGAUAUUACCUGAUUUGCAACAAAGAGUUCAGAAAUCAUCUUGAUCUCCAAGUCUUUCCAAUCAUCUUCUUGUAAAACGAUCUCUCUUUUACCAAUUUGUUUCUCAAUAACAACAGCAAAAGGGAAUUCGUCUUCCAGCAGCCUAUACAUAAAUCUCAUAUAUAUAUAAAUGUUAAUGUAGACAAUAUAAAUGUAAAAGUAACUAUUAAAAUAACCAAAACACUUAUUUAGAUGAUCGAAACACUAACUUUUCCUUGAACUGCAAUGCCUCUUCCAUCGUUGGAUCAAGAUAAACAAUGGAUGCAUCAAAUGCAUUUGCUAUUUGCACCUCACCUAUAUAUAUUUAGAUAUAAUUCAGCACACAAAACAAUUUCAAUAUAAUUUUGGAUAUAGUUUGAAUAACGUUUAUAAUAAUACCUCUGUAGAAACUAAUUUUGGCGAACCUGAUCAAACAGAUCAGUGGUUGUUCACGUAAAACAUAUUCCUCCAAUUGCUCAGCAUAUUUCCCCCACAAACAACAUGCAAGUUCCUUACCACUGAGAAAGAUAAAAGCUAUUAGUGCAAGUAAAUCAAAAUAUUGUGUGUUCAAAGACUAAAACAAUUAAAACCAAAAAUUACCUUGAGUCAACCAAACGAAAUUGAACCACCUUCCGGUCCUGUCCUUUCACUUGCACGGUUUUAAAUGGUUCAAGGCUUACGAUUUUCCCCAUCACAUCUUUAAGAGAGAAAAACACGUUAGUAUACAGAUUGACAUUCAAAAAGGAACAUAGUAUUCAGAAACAUGGGCAUAUAGGUAUUACCAAUAAGGAAGUGGGUCUUUAAGGUCCCAUCGAUGAUGUCUACGAAUCUGGCAAGAGAUAAGAAGACGCUAUCUUGAAUUAUAUCGGAAUUUGCAAUCUCAGUUUCAUCACUGAUCGCCAUCUUGUAAGGAUGACUCGUUGGGUGAUAUUGGCCUGAUGCUUGCGAGAGAGAAACAUAGUUAGAAAACGCCAUUUCCCUAGAGAAAGUUUACGUUGAACACUUUUCAUAUGAUUCCUAAUGCACGUCGCAUGAAUCUCACCCAACAAAAUAAACACAACAUAAUGCGAUUUAGUGAUAGACAGAAACAUAGAAGAAAUGAUGAUGCAUCCGACUUGAAAUUUACAUGUUCAUCGGUUAGAACCAUCUGAAGAGUCUCUCCACCGAAUGAAGUGUUUUGUUGCCAGGAAUGUAGCAGUUUCAGUUGAGAUCACCAUUUUGUUUUGUAUGGCUUCAACUCUUUGACAGGGUUGAGAUUCGCAUUGGUCAUCAUCUUUUUUGCUUUGGGUUUGAUCGCGAAUUGUUUGUUAUUGUUUUAACUAGAACGAAGUGUAUAUAUAAAUAAGUAGGUGAGAUAUGGAUGAUAAGUAAAUCUUAAUUAGUAAUUAGAAAACUUUUUUAGCAAGUCGUGAGUAGAUAAGGAAUAUGCUUAAUGUAUCUAAUAUUUUGAAAAGAUUUUUGUGUUUAAUUUUUUGAUUAUGUAGGUAAGUAAGAAAUGGUUUGAUCGAUUUAGUUAAUUGCUUUGUAAUCAAUGAAAUAUAUAAAAUCGUGAUUAGCAAGUAUUGGGAUAUUUAUUCAGUUUUAAAUGUGAGAGUGUUAAUGUAGGGGAUAAUUAUUGCGUAAAAUCUGUAUAAUUUUCGAUUUGGAUUUGAAAAUUAAGUCUAUAAAUGCGUGAUUAGCAAGGAUUUUGGUAUAUUAGUAAAUUUGAUUAAAUUAAAUUUGCGAACUUAAAAGUAGGAGAAUAGUAUGUUAAAUAAUUAAGAUAUUUAAAGAUUUAAGGAAUAGUUAGUUGAUAGCUUAACCAUUUUAAUUCUUGAUAUUAUUGUAUGUAUUGUUUUAAUCUCGAUUUUAUGAUUUAAAAAAUAAUUUUAUAUAAAUAUGGAGUUAAAUUAUGCUUUAAUAUCAAAAAUUACAGAAAUUCGCAAACCGAAUAGUUUUAAUUGGAAGUGAAUUUGGCAACAAACGGACUGGUUUGUUCUCAGGAUAUUUUAAUGUAAUACAUAAAAUGUCAUGUUUAGUAAUAUUCUUAAAAGUGUAAAAUUAUCGACAUAUAUUAGUUUUGGUUUUUAUGUUAUUCAUUUGUGGUUUUGGUAAUGAAUUUGUUUUAAAGCAUUUAAUGUGUAUAUUAAGUUUUGGUUAGAGAUUGGAGAUGGUUAGAGAUGGUUAGAUAUAAAUUUGUGAUAGGUCCAUUAAUAAUUAAAAGCAAAUUGAAACCCAUUAUUAAAAUGUUUUAAAAACGGAAUGGGCUUUGUAAACGUGAGGCCUGCGAAAUGAGUUGGACAAAUAAGAAAAUCUUUUAAAUUAAAACCAGUGGCAGAGUAUUGUAAAUAAUGAGAAGAACUAAGGGUAAUUUCCUUUUGUAUUUCACUUUUAAUAGGAUAGAUGUAUUUUUGAAAUAUCAUUUUAGUGGUGGUAAAGAUGAAUAAGGAUACUAUGAAAAUGGUAAACAUGAAAUUCUCCCUUGUACUUUCACAUUUUCUUGAAGUAGUUUUGGGUUUAUUGUUGAUUACUCAAUGCUUACAACAUGCGAUUCGUUGUAUCAUUGAAUUAGAUAAGACCAAGAUUUUGCAUUGUGCAUGGUUUUGAACAUCGAAUUUAAAAGUGCUCCUGAGAAGUCUCCCAAGGCAAAAACGAACAAAAUUUAAGCAAACAAGAUUUGACCAUUUCAUAUUGUUGCUGCUUCUACGUACUCAGAUUGGGUAAGGUUUUCUGCUCUCUUUUCUCAUUUAACUGAUUCAUAGGUAUUCUGAGGAAGCCUUUGGAAAAGUUUAGACCUCCUUCAACCACUGAGCUUCUUUGCUCGAACAUGGUAAUUAUUUGCUGGAGGGUUGUGUCACAAAAUUUUUCUUUGUAGUUUUCCGCAAGCUACAUAGAAAAGCUAUGCCUUUCUCCUUCAUAUUUUGUGCAAGCACAUCUAUGAUUUGACUUUCAGACUCAUUGUAGAAGUCGAUCAUUAAGCAGUUUCUAUGGUGAGAGUUUGAGCACACUGAAGAACCUUUACGGGUCUAAACCUAUUAAAAAUAGCAACCAUCAUCUCCUCAAUAUUUAAAUCUAAAACACGAACAAACACGUGCAUAUAUUGGCUAUUGAUAAGUGCUAAAAGUCUGUCAUGUUGUCUAGUUUCUCAGGAGAAACUAGACAUGUUGCAAACACAUGUUUGUUUAAACUACCAAUGUACACAGAUUUAAAUCAUAAUUUAUGUUUAAUGAAAGUAUGCAAAAUAUUUAAAUUUUUAAAAUUAUAAUUUAUGUUAUACGAGUGUAACUUUUGCGGGGUUUAUUAAAUAUUCAUAAUAUUUAAACUAUUAUGAGACGUAAUAAUAAUGGAUAAUAAAAACUGAAUAAUAAAAAUCGUCGUCGUUUAGGAAAAUGUGGUUUUCUGGAUCUCAAGAGCGAUAGACGAGGGUUUUCGUGAUGGAUUUGACAAUACCACCGGGUUUAUCUGAUUCAUCGGAGGGUGUUAAGGAGUCCACAGAGAGCAUGGAUGUUGGUAAUAAGGUUGUCGGUUUGGAUCGGGAUGAGCAGAGUUGGGUCUCGGUUGCAGAGGAUAAGAAAAAAUUGAAGAAGCAUGAUGUCGAGGUUUCGAUGAAGGCUGAAAAGCAUUUGGUGGAGAUUCCAGAUGAAAUCCUAGAAAGUCCUACACAUCUGUGGGAAGAUUUUGUGGUGGGUAAAUUUCUGGAUCAAGCUCCUCAUGUUGCGAAUGUACACAUGGUUCUUAAUCAGAUCUGGAAAUAUGGAGAUGAAGCUGCAAAGGUGGAGGUUUAUGAAGUCAAUCCCACUACAAUGAUGUUUAGAGUUCCAAAUCCAAAAACGAGAGAGAGGAUAUUCGAAGAGGAAUGUGGAAUGUGGUGGGUGUGCCGAUGAUAUUCUCGAAAUGGACACCAAAGAGUGAGGAUGAGAAGCAGGAAGAAGAAUAUAUUCCAAUGUAGGUUCAUUUGGAGAAAGUUCCACUAAACAAGUUUUCGUGGGAGGCUUUUAGUUUCAUAACUAGCACAGUGGGAUUCCCGGUGAAGCUUCAUCCAGAAACAAGCUCAUGUACCAAUCUGGAGGUUGCAAAAGUGUUCGUCAAGGGUUAUGUCUCUAAGGUUCUACCAGGGGAAAUCACCUUCUCAAAGGGAGGCAGUGAAUUUACAGUAAAUUAUUAUUACCCAUGGCUUCCAUCACUAUGCAAGUUGUGUGAGAAGUGGGGUCAUAAUGAGUCCGUAUGCAGAAUGAAAGAAAAAGGGGGAAGUAAAGGUGCCGAGCAAAGAGAAAGAAACAAAGGAAAAGGAAGUUAUCAGUGGAGCUACUAAUCAACAUAAGAGUAUAGAGAAGAAAGGUGAGUAUGGAGUUCAUUCAGGAAUAAAGGAGAAGUAAGUGAUGCUGGAAAAGAAAGAGAUAUGAGAACAGAGGGAAACAGCUGGUCUAUGGUUUCGCCAACAAAGAUGGGAAGACUACAAACUCCUACUCCAAAAAAGACAGAGGAGAUACUGAUUUCAGCAUCUAAGUUCUCUGUCUUGGAUGAGGAAGAAGUUAAGGAGGGUGAAUUGAGAGAUGAAGAAAAGAGAUUAAUGGAGGAAGAAAUGAGGGAAGAAGAUGAGAGAAGUGAGAGUGACCUGUUAGAGGACACCAUUCUCGAUCAGCAAGAAAAGGAUAAGGAGAGAACGGCGAUGAAGAAAGGUAUGAAGAGAGGUAGGAAACCAAAGGCUCAGGAUGCAAAUCUGAAGAGCACAUGGGUUUCUGGACCCAAUCAUUAACAUGGCUAGUUUCUUUUGUUACGUGUGCGGAUUUAACAAGCAGUUGAAGCAUUCCAUAGUAAAAGAGUCGGUUAAUAAUAAUGAAAUGAAGUUUGGGUGUCUUAUUGAAACAAGGGUCAAAGAAAGGAAGUCAGCUACUAUUUUGAGCUUGGUGUUCAAAUAUUGGUCAUCGAUAACAAAUCAUGAAUAUAGUCAGGGU